AUGAAACUCUCAGCCGAGGGAACAGUUAUGACUUCCUCAGAGGAAGGAGCUCAGUUGAGCUACGAUGCCUCUUCCUCUCUUCCUAGAAACAGCAAAGAGCAAGACUUCCAGCCCGUCCCGCAGAUCGGCAGCCCAACUGCUCUCGGCAUGGGCGCUUUUGCGAUUGCUUUCACAACUCUAUCAAUGAGUCUUAUGGAGUGGCGAGGCGCAGCCAUUACCAAUGCCUAUAUUGGUAACUGCUUUUUCACAGCGGGCUUGGGCUUAGUUUUGGUGGCCCAGUGGGAGCUGGUGCGCGGGAAUUCAUUUGGCCAUACGGUCUUUGGGGGCUUUGGUCUGUUUAACUUGGCUUUUGGGGCGAUCAAUGCACCCGCCUUUGGGGUGGCAGAUGCCUUCAAAGAUGAUCCUGCCGCAUUUAAUAAUGCGAUUGGAUACUUCAUGCUUGUAUGGGGUAUAUUCGUUCUAUUCUUUACCGUCGCUGCAAUGCCCAUGAACCUGGUGUACACGGGCAUGCUCGGAACCUCCCAAAUCACAUACACCCUGUUGGCCGCCUCGUACUUCGCGCUUGCGGACGAUCAUGCAUCUGCUGGAGUCGCCCUGAAGAAGGCCGCAGGUGCAUUCGGGUUCGUCUCGGGCUUGUUUGCCUGGUACACGGUCGGCCACCUAAUGUGUCAGGAUGCGCUCCUGUUCUCGUUUCCGCUGGGAGACACGAGUCCCUUGUAUGCGCGACUGCGGCGACAGAAGAGGCACUGA